AUACUAAGACAGCGUCUCUAUUCCUUUUGCAAAUACAUCAACUUAGCAACUGCAAGUUCUACAAACCUCCUAAUCCCACUUAACUACUCAUCAACCUCCAACUACAACAAAAUGGUUCGACUUUCCAUCUUUGCGGUUAUCUUCGCAGCCGUCACUUCUGUCGCCGCUGAUGGAUACUGUCAAUGCCUCUUCCCGGAUGGCUCACACUGCUGUGUUGUUGCAUACGGCAUCAGGAAAUCUUGCGUGGAGAACUGCAUAAACAAUGGAAACUCAGACAGGAUGUGUAAUGCUGGUGGCAAGUACUCGGACGUUAGCACGUGGAACGGAGGAUGGCGCCGUGGCUGCAAGUACGACUACCUCGCGCCUAAUUAAUGCAAAGGAUCUCCCCAUAUUGCCUUACGCAUCUCAGCCCAAGCUGUCAUUUCCUUACAUCAUGGCAAACAUUUUUUUCCAAAUCAUUCUCGGUUCUUGAGUUUGUUAGGACCUCGCUGGGAAGCUUGCAUGUACAUAGAUCACAUUUCAUAGG